AUGGCUCUCUAUUACAACAUUGUCUUCUCUAUUUUGGUGACCGAAAUGGCCAUGUUUGGGUUGCUCUCGCUCCCUCUCCCUCGCAACAUCAGAGGCACCUUGUUAAGCGUGCUCAGCAAGCCGUUCCAGUCGGCCCAGUUCCAGAUUGCGAUAAAGUGCAUCUUGGCCUUUAUUUUGAUCCUCUUUGUGGACUCGGUCAACCGUGUCUACAAGGUGAGUGCAGAGUUACAGGCCCCUACCAACCACCCAGAAGCCGCUAUGCAGGGUUUCAUCGACAGAAGCGACGUACAAGCCAGAAGAUUUUACGCCCAAAGAAACAUGUACUUAUGCGGUUUCACCUUGUUUUUGACCUUGAUCUUGACCAGAACCUAUGCCUUGGUUGACGAAUUGGUGGUAGUUAAGACCAAGUUGGCUGCCCUUGGCAGCUCUAACGCUGCCACUUCCGUUGCUGCCGAAGCUGACGCUUCCCAGGAAAUUGUCGACUUGAAGUCUAAAAUUCAGGCCAAGGAAGCUGAACGUGAGAAUUUGACCGACAAGGCUGCCAGUUUGUCUUCUGACUACAAGGCUGUUGCCGGUGAUGCUACUGCCAGAAAGUGA